AUGACUACAAAUUUUAAAACACUUAAAACUGUUCCAAAAGAAUCCAAGUAUGUUGAGCAUAAACUAAAGCAUUGUCAGCAAUGUUACAACUGGGACUGUGGUAUAGCCUGCACAAUGAUGUUACUAUCUUUGGAACAGAGGGAAAAUAUGAGAGAAAACUUCUGGAAAAUAUGUCAGGAUGAAGGUUUUGAACAAUCAACCUGGACUAUAGAUCUCUGUUACUUAUUAGUGAGAUUUGGCAUUGAACAUUGCAUGUAUACAACAAUAAAGGGUGUCAGUAAUACACAAGCUAGUUGUGAUAAAUUAGACUAUAAGACACGAAAACGUGUGGAGAGGCGCUUUCAGAAUGCUGAUGAAGCUGGUAUACUAAUAUAUAUACAAGAAUUGGGUUCAGAGAAACUUCUCUCGCACAUAGAAACCAGGGGUCCUGCCAUAGUCCUUGUUGAUGCUGCUUUAUUGGUGUGCGACCUGUGCAAACAUAAUAAAUUACGAGCAGAGUUCAGACGUGCAUUCGGUGGUCCGUAUCGCGGUCACUACGUGGUGGUUGUAGGAUACGCUGGUGGUAAAAUCCUGUACCGUGAUCCGGCAUUGAGCCCACGUCUUUGCGCUACCUCACCGGGUCGCUUACACAACGCGCGUCGGUCGCCAGGAACAGACUUCGAUGCUAUACUAAUUUUUAAGGACUUCAGA